UGCUGCACGGCAGUGUGCGCGUCAGCCGCGUUCAAACUGCGGAGCUCGGGGCGUUGUGCGCGUGGUGGUGGUGGUGGUGUGCAAGCCGGUAUUGAGCGCUUCAUCGACUCCAGGGAGGGGGAGGACCACGCAAAACAAACUGGGUUUUGAGUAAACGAAAUUUGAUGAUUGUUUACCGAGUGCUGCAGGUUGGGGGCACGCCGCUGUGGCCGAGCACCUUUCUCUCGUGUCACCGAUAACUUGUCAGUCAACAGCCAACCAAUCAGGUAGUAAGUAGCAACAUCGCGGCAAACCAUCGAUCAACAAAACCCUUCUUCUUCCCCCACACAACCACCAGCCUCCUCCAUCCCCCAUCAGCGGGAGAUCAAGCGGAGCCGUUUGCCGAUUAUCGUCGGGACUGUAUCGUCCGCUUCAUUGGACUGUGCCAGCGUUUGCUUGCCUGCACUGAGCGCACCCUCUCUACCUGAGGCUCAAGUAUGUCCCGUGGAAAACUUACACACCAGCUGUCUGCUGAUCGCAUCGAAGAGUUCCGGGAGGCGUUCUGCAUGUUCGACAAGGAUGGGGACGGUCGCAUCACGGAGCAGGAGCUGGGCACGGUGCUGAGGUCGCUGGGUCAGGACCCGACAGACACAGAACUCAAAGACAUGAUCAACGACGUCGACACCGACGGCAGCGGCACCAUCGAGUUCAACGAGUUCCUGUUGAUGAUGUCACAAAAGUGCGAGAAGACGGAACUGGAGGAGAUCGCGGACGCCUUCAAGAUCUUCGACAAAAACGGCGACGGCUUCAUCAACUCCGAUGAGCUCCGACAGGUGAUGGAGAGCCUCGGUGAGCGACUCACUCCAAAGGAGCUGAACGACAUGAUGAGGGAAGCUGACGCUGACGGCGACGGGCUCAUUAACUACCAAGAAUUCCUAAACAUGAUGAGACCUAGUGAUUCAGAAGCUCAAAGAAGAGAAUUAAAGUAGUCCAGAAUGAGCUGCAGCGCCCCCUGUCCACCGUGACAGCCUGUUACCGAGUGUUGAGACUGGGUGAAGAAACUUUGAACCUUUCAGUAAAUAACCGGAAUAUAUAAUCCUGAAACCAGCUUUGAACAUUUGUUGACCUUUUUUUAAACGUGAUUUGACUCUUAGUGUCCGGGUCCAACAUCUACUGAGUAGCCCGGGGAUGGGGAUGGGGAUGGGGCGCGAACCAUUGCGUGACAUCAUGUUUUAACUGCCGUCAUCUGUCACGAAUGAAGUCCUUUGCCCUGACAUGACAUGACAGCAGUGUCAAGAGGCUUGAUGGGCGGAGGAAGGGUCAUCGCUGAUAAGGAACCUCCAAGUCUCUCGCAAAGGUCAAGACCUCAUGACAUCCAGCACUUUCGAUUACGAUCUGUUACUACCAAGAUGGCGCCUUUGUUGACGCUGCUUUUCCUUUUCUUUUGACUUUUUUUUUAAAAAGUGUGCAACAUGUUUUUACGAUUUACUACGGUAUCAAAGUUUGAAAACUACAGUUUAUUAUAUCGUCCUUUUUGGAUCGGUCUAUAACCAGGUACGGUAUUUCCGUCGAUAGUUCUGCUCUCAGAUCUUCUUACUAUCCCCUCCCUCUCUCUUUCUUUCGUUCUCUUCCGCCAUCUCUCUCAAACUGGUCGUGCAUAAAGUUCGGUAGUAAAUGUGGCCGGUUUUUAUUCUGACUAAAAGCUCUGUUUGGGAUUAGACUCGGUUGUCAUUUGGGUUAUUUGGGAUUAAUUUUAAGCGAUGUAUUGAUUGAGUAAUAAAUAAACGUAUAAGAUUUUGAUUUUUGCCCAUUCCAAUUGUGUAUGCGCCGUACAUUUAUAUUGUGUCUUGACCUUUACCCUGUGACAGUCUAACGCCCUCGGUGGUGUCCUGUGUGUUUUGCUGGCCUCACACUUGCUUCUCAUGGCGACGGUUCCUGGAUUUCAGUCUUGCUUUUAAUGGCGAGAUGUUUCUGUAUUUCACUCUUGUCUUUAAUGAGGUCACCUUUCAAUACUUCACUCUUAUUGUCGCCCCUUUCACAGGAAUGUGACAGGACGGAGGGAACAUCACAUCACGUGUUACGUGCGUGAAGAUGUGUAGAGUUGAUUGGCGAGUAUUUGGCUUUAGCUAACCUGCUCCCUCUCUAGUGCUGGCGAGUAUUUGGUUUUAACUAACGACUUUCAGUGUGUAAUGUUUCUUGCAGCUAGUGUCGUCCGUAGCUGUUUUACAAAUAGUUAUUAUUGUUAUCAAAUUUCACCUUUAUCUCAUUAUUUUUCUUUCUCUCACACCUCAUGUAUCCCUCACGACGCCUAAUCUUCAACGGCAACCGUGCACACAAACGCACAAACACAUAAACACAUACACAUAAUACACACGGACACGCAAACAGACAUAUAACUCAGAUCAAAAAUGAGGGCCGAUCAAAAUGUUCUUGGCUGCUAUUGGGAAGUAAGGCUAUUGCUUCCAAACACCUCCACAUUUCCGUUCUCCUAAACAAAUAAAUUCUAAUCUUAUUCGAAUUUUCAAAAUCGAUUAUUAUACCACGUAGCUGACAGACGGACUCCUUCUUAGGUCCGUGCUACGAAAUAGAAUUCAGUUUUAAUUAAAUUUCUAAUGUAAAGGCUUUGUUUCUCUUGCUGUACCUUCCCAAACGAAUGAAAUAUUAAUGUCAGGAAAUUGUUUUAUGAAGCCCCUGUUAGCCUGCAAGCAUGACGAUGCCUUAAUACGUAAACACGAUUCAAUGCGGAGCAGCCAAGUUGCCAUGGAAACGUUGUGUAAAUGACCUUUUGAUAGUAGGUCUGUAGGUGUCACGCAGAGACUAGCAGUAAGAAAACUCAGUCACGUGAACGCGCGUCACUUUAGUUCCUAGCAGGACGUGCACAGGUAGCUAGAGUUUGGUGUCCUGUAGGGGCAGAUGUCAACAGUCUGACGUCACGUGGACGUAGCCGUUAGUUUGACAUGACGCAGUUGUAGUUUGACAAGUAGGUAUGUGGACAACCAUGUUAUGGAGGUUGUUUUCAGACUUAUGUGGUGGUAGCUCUAGAUUAGGACCUAGAUAGCUAUAGCUAUUUAACCUUGUCGCUAGCUCAGUAACAUUAACCCCACCAAAAAUGCUGAUAAUAAAAUAAUAUAUUUACUAUCUCCGGUCAUGUAAUCUUGCUAUGAUGAUGGAUUAUUACGGCAUAAUGUUCAUGUAAUUCGCUGUUUAUGUACAGAUCAUAAAACGGAAACCAGCAGCAAACAGGUUAAUGAUGCUGAUGUAAUCCUGCAAAUGCGGUUAUACCGUGCAAGGGAGGCAACUACACUCUCCUUAUAUUUCCUGAGCUACGUCCCUUGUCAUUAUUGACACGGCAACAAGCGUUUUUAGACUCUUCAUCACCGAAAAUAUUUCCAAAGCACCACCUACAUUUUUAUCAAUAUCGAAAAAUUGUCUUUUUAAAAUUCUAGCCUGUUUUAUAACGUUUCUUUUUCAUCUGUUCGUUUCCUCUCUCUUGGUCUAACCCACAUCUGGUGCCUUCUGUGCCAUUUUAUUAUCCUCUUUGAAAGCUCAAGCUUGUUAUUAAAACAGAUGGAAUGAUCUUUACCCUAUUUUUAUCGUGCUUUAUUGUAUUGCAUGUCGAAGAACCGACUGUUACGUGUGUGUCACGUGACUAGGAGGUGAACUUUGUGCUCGUGCGACAAGCUCAUGCUCAUGUUUCCUUGAAUCUGAUGAUGACACCCAUCUCCUCGGCGCCAGCUAUCUAAAGAUUUCAUUCUUUUUUUCUGACCACGCGCGUGCCUCUCUGUCUGCGUAUUCGAAAUGCGUGUGUAUGAGCUUCCCCUUCCCUUGUAUACACGGUGAUGCACGUGUCUUACAGUGAUUACAUUACCUGUCCCUGUCUUGUCCUCAUCCUAACCUGCUCUUUGUAAUGGUUCACGUUUGUCUGUAUACGUGUAUGGAUCACACAGACAUACAACUUAUUGUAUCCAAUGCAUCUGCAAUCAGUUUUUCACUUUGUUCUUGUUUGUUUUCUCUAUUCAGACCUCUUUACAUCCAAUUGGCUUGAAAUCAACAGGUAAAGAAAAGAGAGGGCAUAGUGAAAAGCAGUUAUUGUUUGUUCUUGUCUUUCACGCAGUUCCAAAAUUGUGUUUUCCCUCGAGAGGACUAGUGUACCCUGAGUAUUGCAAUACAGUAAGCGUGUGUUUAUGCUUUUAUUGCUUCCUACAGUGUUUAUACUCGUUGAUCAUUAUAGUUAGUAGAGCAUUUAAAUGUAAUUUUAUUGAAUUAGAUCGUUUUUUUACCAUCAUUGUUUGCUCUGUACAAAAAUGUUACCUUUGAGCCCUAUGUUUAAAUGUUAGCAUCAUGUUAACAUACCUGGGCUUAACCGUUUAAAGGAUUAUCAGUCUUCCUAACGCAUUUUCAUUCUGUUCUGCCUCCUCCUCUGCUGUGCAGUCUUUUCUGUUUUAAAAAAAAAAAGUCCUGCUCUACCACCAAAAAUUUUCUCAAGAGUCUUAAACGCAUAAGUAAGAUAUAUUAAUACAAAUGCAAGCCUGUCCACGAUUCUCCGAGUAUAUCCUCUUUAGAGUCUGUUCCUCCCCACUGCUCUGAAAUGUCAGGUCGGGCAGGUCUCUAAGUUCGAAUACAAGACUGUAAAGUUAGGAAUGAUGUCAGGACACUUCAUGAGCAACUUAUAUCAAUCAAAAUUGACCUACGACCUUCCCGAAGAAAUCGAGAGUAUUCUUGAAAACUUUAGUGAGGAACGGGGCCAGAGGGCCGACUUGAAAAGCGGCAAAUAAUUGCCGCCUCACUCUUUUUAAUAUAGCUUGAAAAUUGCCACAAGGUUUAUUUACUCGAUGGACACUUAGUCCAAUACUUCUCAGUACUUUUUUCACUGUUUGUCCUUAUAGUAAAGUCUUUGAAGACAAGAAUGUUCUAUUUACAACAGUCUUUUUCCAUCCUGUGUUGAGGUUUGCUCUGUGUUGAGGAGGAACACGUGAUGCCCCUGACCUGUUGCUGAAUCCAUUCCAAGAUAUUUUCUGAACACAGGUCUUCCUGUCCAUCGCCUGACACUUUGUAGAAUGCACUGUCAUUGUUAUCUUGCAUUUGUGUCACCGCUGACACUGAAUUUUUUCCACUUGAAAAAACAAAAUCGGAAAUUGUCUACGGUGCUGUGUGUACUUGGUGUUAACCAAAGAUCAGCCAUGAAAGGUCAGCCAGUCUCCAAGUUCUGAGACAGUAGUGUGGAGAAACUGUUUUACUGUAUUUUAAAAUUCUAUUUUAGACUUUUUCUCGCAGCUCUAAAGGGUAUAAUUAAGUUUUCCUUUGUUUGAACAUUUGUUUCGGAGGAAACUUGUUUUUUUAUUUGCUAGUUAUGUUUGCUGAGGAAUGUUUCUACUGUUGUUUCCCUGUUAACUUUGUUUCUGUUAAAAGCAGAUUUAAAUAUAUAUAUACUAGCAGAGAUCAUAAAACCCCAGGAUUAACAUAUAUUCUUUAUUAACUCGACUGACAGCUUUUGUUUAUCAGACUUGUUUGUGGCAUCUAUCUCUCCCUCUUUUCUCUCCGGGGCGCGGUUCUGCGGCGUAACGGUUAGCGACUGUCACCGCCACAGAGAAAAUUAAUUGUCCUCGGUUCAGAUCUCGUCUCGGGUACGCUGUUCUUUCUCUGCAUGUGGCAUCUGUUUACAUACCCGGCUGCUUAUUCGUGAUAUAGUCUUACUUGCUGGCUCGGGGUAAAACUCUAAUGUUCCUCCCCGUUCUCUCUGGUUCUAUCCUCUCGCCUCUCCCUCCCAACCUGAUGAUAAGACACAGGAUCUAGUGAAUCUCCGCGAAUCCACCCAACCACCUCCAUUCACCCCAACCACUCCCCACCCCUUCCCCGCGUGUUCCUGAAUCAAAGACAGACGGCGGACAGAUAAUCGUUAGUGUGAGCCUAUGGAGUGCAUCGACAUCCGCCAAUUGUAACACACCCUGAAAUCAAUUCCCAUACGCACAUACCUUCCAUUAUUAGCUGUCUCCGCAAUUUGAAGACCAAAGCAGAGCUUCUAUGAGCCUGACAUGACCGAGUUUUGUUUUUCUUUCCUCCCUCCUUCCCCAACUCCAUCAUUUUUCCUCUCAUGGCUGUUGAAAUCUGUUUUCUUCGGCACGUGGAUAGAGAUGAGAACUGUAGUCGCUGACUGGGUGAAAACCUGUGUCGAGAGCGUGACACAGUUUAAAAUCGAGUGAAAUAAGCGACAGUAAGAAUGUCCUCCAAACCUUGCUACCACAGUCAUUCCUUCUGGGCGCUUCUUCAGACAUUCCCGUGAGCGUGAUAAGUAACUGUAGAAGUAGUGACAGCACGGGAGCAAAAGCGUUGGCACGAAAGAACAGAUAGAAACCUUUAGCACGAUGCUGCGAACAUUUUAAAUGUCUAUUAAGUUUGUUUUUUUUUCAAAAAAAUCUGUUUGUGAUGUGUAGAAUCGUUUUGCUCUUAUUGUCUACAUUGAGACUUUGCUCCUGUUUUGGAAAAGCUUAUUUUACUUACUCACUUUUUCAACUGAAUUGCUACUAAAAGGCUGUUUUAACCUUUAUAUGUAAUCGUGUCCUUCCAUUUUUCUCGAAGGUUUCGCAACACUUUGCUCCCAUGUUGCUGGCGUUUCCUGCAAUGAUUCCUUGAUACGAUCUUGAGUUCUGUUUCUCAACAUUUGAAUGUCCAUGUUACAUUUUUUCUUGUGAAGUUUUACUUCAGAAUUCUCUGUGUAUUUUUGCGAUAUUAAAUUUUGAUAAGUGA